CUGUGCGAUUGGCUCCCCCGGUGCGCACGUACACCAAUGGGAUGACGAGAGGCGCAGUUUAAAAAGGAAGCCGCGAAGACAUUUUCGCUCAUCCAAAACAAAACAAACGGGCAAGCCCAAAGAUACCGGACAAGAGAACGGAAAUGGCUUCAAUCUUCACUGAGAGAAAUGCAACCCUCCAUACACCUGCCCUGAAGAUGCGCCAGCGGUUGCAAUCUGUUCCAGAGAACCUCUUGAAGACUCCUGUAACUGGAAAAAAGUUUCAUGCUCCUUUACAGUCUGGUCGUAAGGCCUUGGGGGCAGUGAACAAGAUCCCAUCAAUGCCAGCUGUAAAUGGACAAAAGAACAAACUCCUUGAGACACAGGAAACAAAAGUUAAAACCCUCCCUCAGACCAAAGUAGAAGAAUACCCAGAUAUUGAGAGGUUUAUCCCCUAUGACCCAAUUGAGUUUGAGAACUAUGUCAUCCCAGAGGAUGUGGUUUGCCUGAGUCAUCUUGUGCUUCCUGGACUGGUACGUCUCCCAGAAAUGCCAUCUCUGCCUGAAGAGGACUUUGAAGUGCUUGAGACAUACACAUGUAUUUCGCCGUUGAAGAACCUACCACGCUCAGACAAUUGUGCUAUGGAAUUGGAUGCAUUCCUUCAAACUAUCAACAAGCUGACCAUUGACCUGCCCCCAGAGAUGGAUGAAUACUGAGUCUAUAGCUUUGUACAGUUUUUCACCGACUUUGUCUUUUUUAAUCAAUAAAGUUUGUUUAUGAAAUCCUGA